AUGGUUAGGAACUACGUCCGAAAAAGCAAAAGGGCUACCUCCUAUACAAAAGAAGAUUUACAACGGGCUAUGGAAGAAGUGAGGUCUGGAAGAAUUACAGCAUACAAGGCCAGUCAAAGAUUUAAAAUUCCUAUGAUGACCCUGAAUUAUCGUUUAAGAGGCAUUCGAGGGGUAAAGAGCAGUAGUCAAUGUAGGAGUACAGCUAUUCCUAUUCAGGAAGAAAGAGAACUAGCAGAAGGCUUGAAAACUAUGGAAAAAUGGGGUUGGGGUCUAAGUCGAGGGGAAGUCCUUAAAAUUGUUGGCGAUUAUGUUAAACGAAACAAAUUAAAGACUCCUUUUAAAGCAGGAUUGCCAGGGGAAGAUUGGUUUCUUGGAUUUUCGAAACGACAUGGUUUGUCCAUUAAGAAGCCACAGUCAGUAGAAUACGCCCGCAAAAAAAGUUUGGAUCCGUUCAUUAUUAACAAAUAUUUCGAAUUAUUGAAGAAUAUUCUUGAUAACUUAGGCUUGCGUGAUAAGCCACACCUCAUCUGGAACCUUGAUGAGUCCGGUUUUUGUAUGGAUCCAUCUAAAACGAAAGCUGUAGGCAAAAGGGGAACAGCAGCUUCUCGUACCACAGCAGGUGCUGGACGAGAAAACAUAACGGUUCUAAUGGCGGGAAACGCUGCUGGGCAUAAGGCACCACCUCUUAUCAUAUUUAAGGGUAAAAAUAUAUGGAAUGAAUGGGUUGCUCCCGAUGGUCAAGGAUUCCCAGGUACAACCUACGCGGCUACAGCUAACGGUUGGAUGGAGUCAGAUAUUUUCUUAAAAUAUUUUGAAAAAAGUUUCCUAAAAGAAAUUGGCGAUGCUAGACCAGUGCUAUUAAUUUAUGACGGUCAUACAUCACACGUCGACGAACGCCUUAUUGAGUGUGCUUUACAAAAUAAUGUGACAAUAUUAAAACUUCCCCCUCAUUCUAGUCAUUUGCUACAACCGCUCGACCUCAGUGUAUUUCGAUCCCUUAAAUCAAGGUGGGAUACCGAAGUUAUCGAGUGGCAAAGACAUCACCAGGGCCAACGAAUUCCUAAGAAUCAUUUUAGCAAGCUAAUAGGAAAGGUUUGGAUGGAAACUAACCCCGAUAUUAUAAUCAGCGGAUUUCGAAAGGGGGGAAUAUUUCCAUAUAACUCUGAAGUUAUUUCGAAAGAGCACUUUGAUCCACUUGCAAUGAAACGAUGGGAAAAACAUCAAAAGGAUAACAACAACCGCAAUGAUAUACACGUGAAUGACCAAGACCAGGCUGGUCCAUCUGUUGAUCAACCCAACCAGAUUAACAGAGUCAUCAAUGAAAAUGCAAGUGAAGGUAGCACUACUACUUUUGAAGAACUUUUGCUGGAAAAAGUGAAGCAGCACGAGAACAAUCUAAAAAAAAAAGAACAAAGAUUGCAAGCGGUGCGGAAGUUAUAA